AUGACAAAAUUGUUUUAUGAACCAAAAAGAAUAAAUGAAAGGAAAGGGACUGAACCUCUUGCUUUAGUUUGCAUGAGGUUUUCAUGUUUAAUAAUUUCCAUGAUAAUAUUAAUGGUAUUUUUUGCUUUUAUGGUAUAUUCUGUUGCCUCCGAUGGAAGAAUCACUACAAGCGUGAUAAUACCUAAACCAUAUAUACCAAUACCAGAUUUAGUAAUAAAUGCGAAUUUUAGUUUUUCAAUGGAUUGUCAACUUCAAUACCUUGAUGGCAGAGCAAUAUCUCAAACAGACAAGGAUUCGUGUUCAAAUUAUAUAGUGCCAACAGUAUGUAAUGAACCUGAUCCUAAUGAUUUAUCAAAGGGUCGAUGCACAGGAAAAUUUCAAGUCCCAACUGAACUUCUGGAUGCACCUUUAACUGAAAGAUUAAGUUUUAGUUUGCCUGAUAAACGUUAUGGCAUUCAAUUUUUAAUCAAUAUCACUGAUGAUGUUCCUUAUGAUCCAAAAUAUGAUAAUGGUAUUAUAGUUAAAGCUUAUGAUCAAGAAUUUAAUCCACACAGAUUACCUGAAGCAGUAAAUAAUCUUAUAAGUAAAAUUGAUCCUUGUUUUAUUGAUAGACUUGAUAGUCUUAACUUUCAUAUGUUAGCCCAUCAUCAGAGUCGAUGUAUAGGAAAAUUCCAAGUUCCAACUGAACUUCUGGAUGCACCUAUAACUGAAAGAUUAAAUUUUAGUUUACCUGAUAAACGUUAUGGCAUUCAAUUUUUAAUCAAUAUCACUGAUGCUGAAUAUAAUCCAAAAUAUGAUAAUGGUAUUGUAAUUAAAGCCUACGAUCAAGAAUUUAAUCCACACAGAUUACCUGAAGCGGUGGGUAAUCUCGUAAAUAAACUUGAUCCUUAUUUUAUUGAGAGACUUGAUAGUCUCAACUUUCAUAUAAUGACAUAUCAUCAGACAAGAGAAUUUCUUAUAACGUCAUUUUGGGAAAUGCUCGGUUUACCUCCAUAUUAUUUCCUUCAACCUUAUAUUGAUUCUAGAAUUGAAUAUAUAAGAAUACCAAGUAUAAUAGAUCAAUUUGCAACCAGUAAUUAUGGUAUUUUAUUUGUUGGUACUUUGAAUUGGAUUGAAACAAUAGAAAGUGAUCUUAGAAUUUAUAAUAAUCUGGAUUCAAUCGCAUUAAUAUCAUUAUUUUAUUCAUUAUUAACUGGAGUUUAUACUUUUCUAUUUGGUUGGUCUGCAAUAGUGCCUUGGGGAAUAUGUCAAAGGUCAUGUUGUUCCAGCGGAUCAAAAGCAAAACUAUGCAAAAAAUUUGAAUCAAGAGGUAUACCGCUUAUGCCAUAA